AGCUUUGCUGACUUGGCUCACACCGGCCUCCGCCAAUAUUUGGUUUUGGUUUGAGAAUUUUAACUCGGGGCACCUCUUGGCUCUACCAGGCCUUGAAAGGCCACUCCCAUGACCCCAUCCCCCUCCUCUUUAUUUUCCAUCUAUUCCUCCAUCUGAGUUUUUGACCCACCAUUGCCGGAUCUCCCUCGUUGUGCUAAUUUUCUCGUAAAAAAAACUCUCUUCUCGCUCUAUUUAAACACUUCCAUUGCAAGGAGGCUCACCAAAGGGAUCGAAAAUGGAGGAAUUACCAGCGAUAUCCUUCGGCGAAGAGCAAGAGUCUCUUGUGGUGAAGUCAGGGAACGUGAUGAAGAAGGAUGCAGCAGCAAUCUCUCUGAAGUUUUUCAUGAGGAUCUUUGAGAUUGCACCAUCAGCAACGCAGUUGUUCUCUUUUCUGCGCGACUCCGACGUGCCCCUGGACAAAAACCCAAAGCUUAAAAGCCAUGCCAUGUCGGUCUUCGUUAUGACCUGUGAGUCAGCAGUGCAGCUGCGGAAAGGUAAAGUUACAGUGAGGGAUACAACCAUGAAGAAGCUGGGCGACACUCAUUCGAAGUUUGGUCUGGUUGAUGAACAUUUCGAGGUCGUAAAGUUUGCACUGUUAGACACAAUAAAGGAUGCGGUUCCAGAAAUGUGGUGCCCAGAAAUGAAAGCUGCAUGGGGGCAAGCUUAUGAUCAUCUGGCUGCAGCUAUCAAAGCAGAGAUGAAGCCUCUUCCUCCCUCCUAGGGUUGAACAUGCUGGCUUCUAUAUGUAUAUUUUGAUGCAAUGUCUUACUAUGCGUUGAUUUUAGAUGAUGGUACUCUUGUUUUGAAUUGCCAAAAAUUGCUCGUCAUCGAGUUUUAUUAUGGUU